GAAGUGCGACCUUCCGAAGAUGGCGGGGGGCGGGGCCGCGGCGCGCCCUACGGCAAAUAAUUUAAAGGGGCCGCACCAGCGGUCCCGGGCUGAACGCCGGCGGUAUUGACGCAGAGUGGACCCCGGCUGCGGCCCGUGGGCCCGCUCGAACGACCCGAGGGACGUGCCCACUCAGCUCCCGGUUUUCUUGGUAACAGUCCAGUAUUCCUCAGAAUCACGCCCCCCAAGCGGUCCCCAGACCGGCGGGUACUAAGAGGCAAGGGCUUGUGCUGAGGGGCAGGGCUUGCGGCAGAGGAGGGGCGGGCCCACAGUGAAGACUUGCACGGGUUCCUCCUGCCCCGCAUUUCCCCAAGACUCCAGACUUCCAGACCUGCCGCCCACCCUGAAGCAUCCGAUGGAGGCUCCGCUGCAAACAGGAAUGGUGUUGGGCGUGAUGAUUGGGGCCGGAGUUGCGGUGGUCACGGCCGUGCUCAUCCUCCUGCUGGCGCGGAGGCUUCGCGUGCCGAAAACUCCAGCUCCGGAUGGACCGCGGUAUCGAUUCCGGAAGAGGGACAAAGUGCUUUUCUAUGGUCGUAAGAUUAUGCGGAAGGUAUCACAAUCCACUUCCUCCCUGGUGGAUGCCUCCGUCUCCACCACUUCCCGGCCACGCAUGAAGAAGAAACUUAAAAUGCUCAACAUUGCCAAGAAAAUCCUGCGCAUCCAGAAAGAAGCUCCCACACUGCAGCGGAAGGAGCCCCCACCCUCAGUGCUGGAGGCUGACCUGACGGAGGGUGACCUGGCCAACUCCCACCUGCCCUCUGAGGUGCUCUACAUGCUCAAGAAUGUCCGGGUGCUGGGCCACUUCGAGAAGCCGCUCUUCCUGGAGCUCUGCCGACACAUGGUCUUCCAGCGGCUCAGCCAGGGUGACUAUGUCCUCCGGCCGGGCCAGCCAGACGCCAGCAUCUACGUGGUGCAGGAGGGGCUGCUGGAGCUCUGUUUGCCAGGACCUGACGGGAAGGAGUGUGUAGUGAAGGAAGUGGUCCCCGGGGACAGCGUCAACAGCCUUUUGAGCAUCCUGGAUGUCAUCACUGGUCACCAGCACCCCCAGCGGACCGUGUCUGCCCGGGCUGCCCGCGACUCCACAGUGCUGCGGCUGCCGGUGGAGGCCUUCUCCACCGUCUUCACCAAGUACCCCGAGAGCCUGGUGCGCGUGGUGCAGAUCAUCAUGGUGAGGCUGCAGCGGGUCACCUUCCUGGCGCUUCACAACUACCUGGGCCUGACCAACGAGCUGUUCAGCCACGAGAUCCAGCCACUGCGCCUCUUCCCCAGCCCCGGCCUCCCAGCCCGCACAAGCCCGGUGCGUGGUUCCAAGUCGGCGGCCAGCACCUCGGCUAUCGAAGAGCCAAGGGAGACCCCUGGCCGGCCACCAGACCCCACCGGGGCCCCACUGCCUGGACCUGCAGGGAACCCAGUGAAGCCUACGUCCCUGGAAGCCCCAUCUGCCCCCCUGCUGAGUCGCUGCAUCUCCAUGCCAGUGGACAUCUCAGGCUUGCAAGGUGUCCCCCGCUCAGACUUUGACAUGGCAUAUGAACGGGGCCGAAUCUCCGUGUCCCUUCAGGAAGAGGCCUCAGGGGGGCCCCAGGCAGUGCUGGCUCGGUCCCCCACUCAGGAACCCCGGGAGCAGCCAGCAGGUGCCUGUGAGUACACGGAAGCCAGCAACUUCUGUGAAGACGAGUCAGCCACCGGUGGCUGCCCCUUCGGGCCCUACCAGGGCCGCCAGACAAGCAGCAUCUUUGAGGCAGCGAAGCGGGAGCUGGCCAAGCUGAUGCGGAUUGAGGACCCUGCUCUCCUGAACAGCCGGGUCUUACUGCAUCAUGCCAAAGCUGGCACCAUCAUUGCCCGCCAGGGGGACCAGGACGUUAGCCUGCACUUUGUGCUCUGGGGCUGCCUGCAUGUCUACCAGCGCAUGAUUGACAAGGCUGAGGACGUGUGCCUGUUCGUGGCCCAGCCUGGGGAGCUGGUGGGACAGCUGGCAGUGCUCACUGGAGAGCCCCUCAUCUUCACCCUACGAGCCCAGCGCGACUGCACUUUCCUGCGGAUCUCCAAGUCGGACUUUUAUGAGAUUAUGCGCGCACAGCCUAGUGUGGUAUUGAGUGCCGCGCACACAGUGGCAGCAAGGAUGUCGCCCUUCGUGCGCCAGAUGGACUUCGCAAUCGACUGGACUGCGGUGGAGGCGGGACGCGCGCUGUACAGGCAGGGUGACCGCUCAGACUGCACCUACAUCGUGCUGAAUGGGCGGCUGCGUAGUGUCAUCCAGCGAGGCAAUGGCAAAAAGGAGCUGGUGGGCGAGUACGGCCGUGGAGAUCUCAUCGGGGUGGUGGAGGCGCUGACACGGCAGCCACGCGCUACGACAGUGCACGCUGUGCGUGACACAGAGCUGGCCAAACUCCCCGAGGGCACCCUGGGCCACAUCAAACGCCGAUACCCGCAGGUUGUGACCCGCCUCAUCCAUCUCCUGAGCCAGAAAAUCUUGGGGAAUUUGCAGCAGCUGCAAGGACCCUUUCCAGCAGGCUCGGGGCUAGGCGUCCCCCCUCACUCGGAGCUCACCAACCCAGCCAGCAACCUGGCAACAGUGGCGGUCCUGCCCGUGUGUGCUGAGGUGCCCAUGGUGGCCUUCACUCUGGAGCUGCAGCACGCUCUGCAAGCCAUUGGUCCCACGCUCCUCCUCAACAGUGACAUCAUCCGGGCCCGCCUGGGGGCCUCUGCCCUGGACAGCAUCCAAGAGUUCCGUCUGUCAGGGUGGCUGGCCCAGCAGGAGGAUGCGCACCGCAUCGUGCUCUACCAGACGGAUGCUUCGCUGACGCCCUGGACGGUGCGCUGCCUGCGCCAGGCUGACUGCAUCCUCAUCGUGGGCCUGGGCGACCAGGAGCCCACCCUCGGCCAGCUGGAGCAGAUGCUGGAGAACACUGCGGUGCGCGCCCUCAAGCAGCUAGUCCUGCUGCACCGCGAGGAGGGCGCGGGCCCCACGCGCACGGUGGAGUGGCUCAACAUGCGCAGCUGGUGCUCGGGGCACCUGCACCUGCGCUGUCCGCGCCGCCUGUUCUCACGCCGCAGCCCUGCCAAGCUGCAUGAGCUCUACGAGAAGGUUUUCUCAAGGCAGGCAGACCGGCACAGUGACUUCUCUCGCCUGGCGCGGGUGCUCACAGGCAACACCAUCGCCCUGGUGCUGGGCGGGGGCGGGGCCAGGGGCUGCUCACACAUUGGAGUGCUGAAGGCUUUAGAGGAGGCGGGGGUCCCUGUUGACCUGGUGGGUGGCACAUCCAUUGGCUCCUUCAUUGGGGCGCUGUACGCCGAGGAGCGAAGCGCCAGCCGCACCAAGCAGCGGGCCCGGGAGUGGGCUAAGAGCAUGACUUCGGUGCUGGAGCCUGUGCUGGACCUCACGUACCCUGUCACCUCCAUGUUCACGGGGUCGGCCUUCAACCGCAGCAUCCACCGUGUCUUCCAGGACAAGCAGAUUGAGGACCUGUGGCUGCCGUACUUCAACGUGACCACAGACAUCACUGCCUCGGCCAUGCGUGUCCACAAAGAUGGCUCCCUGUGGCGGUACGUGCGUGCCAGCAUGACGCUCUCGGGCUACCUGCCCCCACUCUGCGACCCAAAGGACGGGCAUCUCCUCAUGGAUGGCGGCUACAUCAACAACCUGCCAGCGGACAUUGCUCGCAGUAUGGGUGCCAAGACGGUCAUAGCCAUCGACGUGGGGAGCCAGGAUGAGACAGACCUCAGCACCUAUGGCGACAGCCUGUCUGGCUGGUGGCUGCUGUGGAAGCGGCUCAACCCCUGGGCAGACAAGAUUAAGGUACCAGACAUGGCGGAGAUCCAGUCCCGCCUGGCUUAUGUGUCCUGCGUGCGGCAGCUGGAGGUCGUCAAGUCCAGCUCCUACUGCGAGUACCUGCGACCACCCAUCGACUGCUUCAAGACCAUGGACUUCGGGAAGUUCGACCAGAUCUAUGACGUGGGCUACCAGUAUGGGAAGGCCGUGUUUGGGGGCUGGAGCCGGGGAGACAUCAUUGAAAAGAUGCUCACAGACCGGCGGUCUGCCGACCUUAACGAGAGUCGCCGUGCUGAUGUGCUGGCCUUCCCCAGCUCUGGCUUCACGGACUUGGCGGAGAUCGUGUCCCGGAUUGAGCCACCCAAAAGCUAUGUUUCUGACGGCUGCGCUGAUGGGGAGGAGUCCGAUUGCCUGACAGAGUAUGAGGAGGACAUGGGACCCGACUGCUCCCGGGACGAAGGGGGCUCCCCUGAGGGCGCAAGCCCCAGCACUGCCUCCGAGAUGGAGGAGGAGAAGUCCGUUCUCCGGCACCGACGCUGUCUACCGCAGGACCCUCCCAGCUCGGCUGCCGAUGCCUGAGGACUUAGAGAGGGACCCCCUGGGGUGGGCCCUGCGGGGUGGCUCCCUUUCCCUCUGUCUGCUGCUAUGCCUGUGACCCGCUGGGUCCACACACUGGACUGCCCUGUCCCCAGGGGAGGGGUCUGCUGCAUUGAUGGCACUUGAUCAGGCACUCCCAAUAAACCUUCCCCUCCCAGAA